GUUUGGGGUCGGGGUUCUGAACCUUUGUUUGGGGAAGAACUUUGAGUCUAAGGGGGGGAUGAGUGGGGGAGGUUUUAAUUUGCAGACCCACACGGCUGUUACCGGCUUGAAGAGGAAGAAACCCUCUGGAGAAUCGGGGUUUUGCUGGGAGGUGCAGACGCAGCGGGGGGUGGUCAAGGCGAGGAGGGUGGUGUUGGCUACGAAUGGAUAUACGGCGGCGGUGUGGCCGCGGUUUCAGGGGGUUGUGGUACCGUUGAGGGGCCAGGUCACGGCGCAGAGGCCGGGGAAGGCAAUGCCUGCCGGAGGUUGUCUGCCGACGACGUAUAGUUUUAUUUAUGAGAGAGGGUAUGAGUAUAUGGUCGCGAGGCCCCAAGGGUCCAGAUUCGCGGGAGAUAUUGUAAUGGGAGGGGGAUUGGUGCGGGCUCCGGACGAUGGGCUGAUGGAGUUUGGGACGACGGAUGAUUCGGUGGUGAAUGAGGACAUCAGCGAGUAUUUGAGGGAGACUACGGGACGGUACUUUGGACCUGACUGGGGUGAGGACCAUCCCGAAGGACGCGUACGAAGUGAGUGGACAGGCAUCAUGGGGUUCAGUCCCGACGGAUUACCGUUUGUCGGAGAGGUGCCUGGGGAGAACGGGCUUUGGGCGAGCUGCAGUUUCCAGGGGCAUGGCAUGGUUCUAUGCUGGAUGUGCGCAAAAGCUUUGGUCGACAUGAUGGAAGGUCGCGAUGAUGAGGAGCUCGGGGAAUGGUUCCCGGACGUCUUUCGGAUAACAGAGGAGAGACUGGCGAAGAGGUUCCAGGGAAGGCUGUACUGAACUCUUCUAGAGGAUGCUCCCUCAGUGCUUAAAUGCCUAGUCAGAUUGAAGAGGUUAACGGUUCUCGUGCUUGUAAUGCGCGCUGUUAAUCAUACUGGCUUUUGGA